AUGAGUUUGCAUAUCUGGUGUGGCGUCGACAAGGUGUUGCGCGCAUAUCUGCAUUCGCUCUGUCUGCAGCCGUGCAGGUCAGACGUGUUUUCGACAGUGGCCGACAACCUAGAGCAGUUGGAAAUAUAUCCACAGAGACUUGAUUACUGACUCGUCAUAAGCUAGGAAACAUUCCCCGGAGAGGUGGAACACCUCACCUGGUCAAUGAUGGGAUCCAUGGCUGUUCAUCGAUAUUCAUGGAAAACUACAGCAACGUGGAUUUGUUUCUUGAUGACUUCGCUGUAUGGCGCAUGUCUAUCAGACUCAACAGAUCAGUGUACGACAACGUUGACCGCCAGUGAGGGUUAUAUAACCAGUCCUGGCUACCCUAGCAACUACACGAACAACCUCAACUGCACUUACGUCAUCACGGGUGAUGAAUAUGAACAGAACAUCACCAUAGACCUGGUUGAUCUAGACCUUGAACUGAGGUCUAACUGUCCCUACGACUGGCUCAUUGUAGACGGUGGUCCAAAACUGUGCAACCACACAACGUUCCAUAAGACUUAUGUAUUUCAAAAUACAUCCGUCAUCACGUUCAUAAGUGAUGGAAGCAAUACCGGAAGAGGAUUUAAGAUGCGAUAUUCUAUUGGCGUGGACGAUACCUGUUUCUCCACCCACUUCAUGACAUCUGGACAGAUAUCGACUACCAACAAAUGCACCUCAAACUGCACUAACACCAUCGUAGGUAAUGGGAAGUUGCAAACACUAUCCUUGGACUUCGUCUCUCUCAACUUCACGACCAGCCCUAACUGUGAUGCUGGAUGGUUAACCAUUGAUGGCGGGCCAAAAAUAUGCACUUCAACACCUUUCAAAACCAAAUAUGCAUUUUUUGGCAGUGUUGAUAUUGUGACCCACGGUGGAGACUCCUGUGGUGGCUUCGUUGUCAACUACGCUCUUCAAGGCAACUGCAAGGCGACGUUGACCGCCAGUGAGGGUGUUAUUACCAGUACAGGAUACACUGGUCUCCACACCAACUACCUCAGCUGCACGUACGUCAUCAUGGGUGCUGGGCAGGCACAGAUUAUCUCCAUUGACAUGUUGGAGAUGGACCUGGAAGAAACUUCGGACUGUCACUCGAACUGGCUCAUUAUGGACGAUGGUCCCAAACUGUGCGAACACACAACUUUCCAUAAAAAAUAUGUCAUUCGAGACAGAUUCAUCAUAAUGUUUGGUAAUGAAUAUAGCAGCAGCAACAGGAGAGGGUUUAAGAUGCAUUAUUCUGUUGGCGGCGUGGACUCAAACGAUACCUGCACUUCCAACCACCUAACGACAUCUGGACAGAUAUCGACGCCGUGCUCCUCCUGCAACUGCACCUACAACAGAUGCACCAACACCAUCAUAGGCAGCGGGAAGCAGCAAACUCUUACCUUGGACAUCGUCUCUCUCAACUUCACGACCAGCCCUAACUGUGAUGCAGAGUGGUUAACCAUAGAUGGCGGACCAAAAAUAUGCACUCCGACACCCUUUACUUUAAUAUAUCCUUUUUGGGGCAGCGUAGAUAUUGUGACCAGUAAUGGAAAUCGAUCAGUGGACACUUGUCCUGGCUUCGUUGUCAACUACUUUGUUCAAGACAACUGCACAACGACGUUGACCGCAAGUCAGGGUGUGAUUACCAGUCCUGGCUACUCUGGCAUCCACACCGACUACCUCAGCUGCAUGUACAUCAUCGUGGGUGAUGGACACAGCCAGUUCAUCGCCAUUGACCUGCUUAAAAUGGACCUGCAAGGAAGUACCGACUGUUCCUACGACUGGCUGAUUAUAGACGAUGGUCUUAAACUGUGCUACCCCGCAAGGUUCCAUAAGACAUAUGUCCUACAGGACAGUUUGACCAUCAAGUUCAGAACUGAUUACGACAGCAGCAGUAGAGGCUUUAAGUUGCAUUACUCUGUCGGCCUGGACGCAAACGACACUUCCAUCCACACAAAGACAUCUGGACAAAUAUCGACGCCAUGUUCCUCCUGCAACUGCACCUACAACAACUGCACCAACACCAUCAUAGGCAGUGGGAAGUUGCAAACACUAACCCUGGACUUCGUCUCUCUCAACUUCACGACUAGCGCUGACUGUGAUACUGGGUGGUUAACCAUAGAUGGUGGACCUAGAAUUUGCACCUCAACACCCUAUAAAACAACCCAUGCAUUUUUUGGCAGUGUAGAUAUCGUGACCCAUGGUGGUGUGAACUCUUAUGGUGGCUUUGUUGUCAACUACGCCGUUGAAGACAACUGCACGACGACGUUGACCGCCAAUGAGGGUGAGAUCACCAGUCCUGGCUACCCUGGAAUACAUACCAACUACCUCAGCUGCUCGUACGUCAUCGUGGGUGAUGGGCACACACAGAGCAUAACAAUUGACCUGUUGGAGAUGGAUCUUCAUGAGGUUUCAGGCUGUAGCAACGACUGGCUCAUUAUAGGCGAUGGUCCUCAGCUGUGCUCCCCCACAACGUUCCAUAAAACAUAUGCCUUUCAGGACAGAUUCAUCAUCAAGUUCAGAACUGAUUACGACACCAGAAGUAGAGGGUUUAAGAUGCAUUACUUUGUCGGCAUGGAUGCAAACGACAACUGCACUUCUACCCACUUGAAGACAUCUGGCCAGAUAUCGACGCCAUGUUCCUCCUGCAAUUGCACCUACAGCAACUGCACCAACACUAUCAUAGGCAGCGGGAAGUUGCAAACACUAAUUCUGAACUUCGUCUCUCUCAACUUCACAAACAGCGCUAACUGUGACAUCGGAUGGUUAACCAUAGAUGACGGACCACAAAUAUGCACCGCAAAGCCCUUCAAAACUACUUAUGCAUUUUUCGGUAGUGUCGAUAUCGUGAUACAUGGUGGGGAUCGAUCUGUGGACACCUGUGGUGGCUUCGUUGUCAACUACGCUGUUCAAGAUGAGGUCAACAAUACACUGACGUACAACACAAAUAGUGGGCAGUUAAUCGGGCCAUCAUUUCCAGGGACAUAUACAAGUUCUUAUGAUGCCACCUACAUCAUCGUCGGCAAUUUCAUUCCACAGAAAAUCACUAUAGAUAUCGCGCUCACUACAUAUUCUUCAGGUUCGUGUUACUAUAGCAAACUGACACUGAACAGUACGAGGAUCUGUGUUACCCUGGAACGUACAACAGGACAUAUUUGUCACAGAAUGAUUUCACCAUACGAUUCGCUGGUCGUUAUGGUUCAAGUUUUCUCAUUCACUAUGAGAAAGAAGAUAAUUUAGAAGGUAAAACACACGUAUAACACUUCAAUUCUGUUCUUGUAAUCUUGUACUCUAACGUGAACAGUAGCAUAUUACUUUAAUAUUUAAUUUAUCGGAGAAAAAUGACACAAUCAAAAUGACAAAGGCAAGAAUUGUAUGGAUGUCAACUUCUUAAUUGUAAUGGACAAGACGUUUCGAAGUAUAUUCUUACUCCAUCAUCAGAUAUAACGUCGUGUCUAUCACAUAAAGAAGCUGACAUCCAUAAGAUUCUUGCCUUAAGGUGUAUCCCUGCUAAAUUCAAAGACUCAAUUGAAAUGAUGUUACUUCAUUAACAGUUAUGAAUGUUAUCAUUGUUAAGCUGUACAUUUCAGAUGGUUAUAAUAAUAAUAAUAUAAUAUGUUAUGAUAAAUAGGUGAAUAGAUGGAAGGAAGGGCAGAUGGAUGGAUGGAUGGAUGAAUAUGUGGAGAGAUGUGGAACGACCGUAAGCAAGCAUCAUUGUAUGAAUGAAACAAUGAUUCAGUGAAUGGACAUGUAUGAUUGGUGUGGAGCGAAGAAACGAGUCGCGGAUCACAAACGGACCAAGGUAAGUGUUGAUUUAACCCGAGUCUCUACAGCAGCAGCGCGGUGACGAGACGGCAGUCACCAAACAGGGUAUGUAAUACUUAUCCAUUCCUAUGCACAUGUUCAGAUUUGUUUCCACCCUUGGAAACAUUGCGCAUUGUGAAUCGUGUCGGUGCUUCUUUGGCUUUUUACAUUGGUUUAUUUGCUUUUAAUAUGCUCUUGAGGUGUUUUGACAUUUUGAAUGUACUGUGCUCAAAACAAAUGUAUUAUUGAAUUAUGCUUAUAUAUCCUUACAUUACGAAUUGAACAAUAAAUGGAGUUUUGUGAUUUUAGCCUUCUUUUGUAUGUUAUUAGAAAAUGUACAAACACGUAAGUAUGUUCCUAUUGUACUAUGGAUAAAUUGUUAAAAAUAUAUCUGUGUUACAAAUCACACAAGCCACGUAUUAAGGAAACUUUAAACUGUUUUCAGUUAGUUCAAGUAAUGUUACAGGUCUUGAAAUCAUGUACCGUUUAUUCCAGAAUAUUAAGUGUAUUAACAUUGUUCCUUCAACAUGAUAUGUACUUGUAUGGUUUGGAUUUACAAACAUAUUGUAAUAUAAACACAUUUGAAGCUGAUCAUACUGUACAGCUGUACACAAUCUUUUGCCCUCUAGGAUCGGGUUCUUCGUGAUGUUGAUGCACAGAGUCAUGCAAGA